UCUGGAGAAGGUGUCUUCCAGGUUGCAAAAAAGAUGCAAAGAAGGAUAUGUGCACUUUGUCCCAAAGACCUCGAGUGUGGUGUCCUGUACUGUGCACAAUCAGAGGACAUAGCUGCUCAUGAAAAUUGUUUGCUGUAUUCUUCAGCACUUGUGGAAUGUGAGGAUAGUGAUCCAAAACGUGGUUAUAGAAGUUUUAAUGUGGAAGCAGUAAAGAAAGAAAUCUUCAGAGGAAGGAGAUUGAAAUGCACAUUUUGUGAUGAAAAAGGAGCCACCGUGGGAUGUGAUAAAAAAUCCUGUCCCAAGAAUUACCACUUUUUCUGUGCCAAGAAUGACCAUGCUGUUCUACACACUGGAUCUGGAGGAAUUUAUAAAGUGUUUUGCCAAGAACAUGCUCCAUUGAAAGAAACUCAAUCUGGCCUCCUCUCUGUAAAGCCUUUGUCUCGUGUCUUCCAUCCUCACUGCAUUCAGAAGACUGUAUCACAACAAGCUCAUUUUUCAGGAGUACAAAGAAAAAGAAAGAAGACAGAUCACUUAACAAGCAUUUCUGUACAGGUACCUAAACUAACAGCAGUAAACAGGUCCGAAAAACAAAUGGAAGAAGAGGAUAGCAGACACACAGAUGCAAUUGUGAAAGUUGCUUUUCUCAAGAAAUGUAAGGAAGCAGGACUUCUUAAUGAUUUAUUUGAAGAAAUAUCACAAAAACUUCAUUUGAUUCAGGAAAGACUCAUGGAUGAGAAUAUUUCAGAAUCAGACUAUGAAGAAAUCGGGACUUCACUUUUUGACUGUAGAUUGUUUGAAGACGCAUUUGUAAAUUUUCAAGAAGCAUUAGAGACUAACAUUCAGCAAUUCGAAGAAAAAUGGCAGCAGAUGAAGGAAGAGAUUGAGCUACUUCAGGACUUAAAACAAACUUUGUGCUCUGUUCAAGAAAGCAGUGCUUCAGUAUCUUCUUUAUCUUCUUAAGAGUUACCAUUUCUUAAGCCAGAAAUUGGGCAUAGCUGCAAGCAGGCUGAGAACUAGAGACCAGGCCUGGGAAAGCCACACAUCUCUAGCACAAGGUCUCGUGUCUUUCUUGUCUGCACACUUUGAUCCUCACCAGCUCAAACCUGUUCAUGCCUAACUGGGUGUUUACUGCCUCCCUCUUAUGAUCUCACUUCUCCUACCCUCUCCUCUGACAAAAUGUUUCUCAGAUUCUACUUGAGUAAAUUGGAUCAUGCCUCCCAUAUCUCCCAACCUCCGUACUAAAACCCUUUCUCUGGCUUCCUGCUGACACAUUGCCUCCACCCCUCUCGUACUCCAGUAAAAUAGGUCAGCAGUCACCAACCUUUCGGACCUCCGGUUGGCAACCGCUGAUCUAGGUUGAUUCCAGUAACACACCAGGUGCCCCUACCCCCAGGGCCUUUAGCACAUCCGGUUGUGAAGUCUUAACUGCUCUUUUGCCUUCCUCUUACUGCUCCCUCUGCAGAUCUUAUUAUAGAAGUUCCUCCCACUUAUUCCAUCUGAGAGUACUUUUCCUUCAUAACCCUUCCCAGUAUAACCCACUGUACCUUACAUCACGCUGCUGGAGUAUCAGCUCUGAGGGCAGGAACUAACUAUUCUGUGUUUGCUUACUAUCACAUUCCCAAGCACCCAGCAUGCUCCAUAAAUGUUUGUUCGAAAAAUACAUAAACUGUUUUUAUCUUUUGAAACUAUUUCUAGCCCAUAAUGCCUCUUAGAUAUAAUAAAUUUGAAUAUUUUAUUUUACUUGUA